GAGGACGGGCUGUUCCUCCACGUCGCCGCACCCCCGGAGCUUCUGGAGGCUCCGGUGAGUCAGCGUCGGCCCCCGCCCGUUCGCCCCCCGUGGUGACUCGGCAGCGCCGCCGCUCCUGGUCAUGCUCGGGCAUGUCGAGCCACGGCCGGCGGAGGAGCUAAGCCCCGACUUGCCUCCUGUUGGCAGUGCUAUAUAAAGCCCAGGCCGGCGCUUCCCGGCCCGAUUCGGUCCAGAUACCCGCUGCCGGUGACCGGUGUGUGGGUUGGACGAGGGCAGCGAGGCAAAUGUGCAAUACCAAGAUGUCCUCCCUUACGGAUGCCUCUUCUGUCACCGCAUCGGAGCAAGAGGCGCUGGUUAAACCAAAGCCUUUAUUUUUGAAGUUGUUAAAGUUAGCUGGUGCAGAGAAAGACACUUUUACUAUGAAGGAGGUAAUAUUCUAUCUUGGACAAUAUAUUAUGUCUAAACAAUUAUAUGAUGAAAAACAGCAACAUAUUGUUCACUGUGCAAAUGAUCUCCUGGGAGAUUUAUUUGAAGUAACAAGCUUUUCAGUAAAAGAACACAGGAGACUGUAUUCAAUGAUUUCCAGGAAUCUGCUAGCAAUCAAUCAACAAGACUCCAAGCUUGCUGACACACCUGAGGAUGAUGCCAGAUUUCAACUUGAAGAAAAUGUUCUAAAGGAAUCUAUGCAAGAAUUAGAAGAGAAGCAGACUUCAUCAAAUGUGACUUCCCGACCAGCUGCAUCUUCUAGAAGGAGAACACACAGUGAAUCUGAAGAAAAUUCUUCAGAUGAUCUGCAUAGUGACAGAAGAAAACGACACAAGUCAGACAGCAUUUCGUUGACGUUUGAUGAAAGCCUCUCCUGGUGUGUAGUCAGUGGUCUGUGCCGUGAAAGAAGCAAUAGCAGUGAUUCAUCAGAUUCUCUUUCCAUUCCUGAUCUUGAUGCCAGUUCGUUAAGUGAAAACUCUGAUUGGUUUGACCACAGUUCUGUUUCAGACCAGUUCAGUGUAGAAUUUGAAGUUGAGUCUAUUUAUUCAGAAGAUUACAGCCAUAAUGAAGAAGGACAGGAACUCACAGAUGAAGAUGAUGAGGUUUAUCAGCUGACCUUUUACCAGGAUGAAGAUAGUGAUGCUGAUUCAUUUGAUGAAGAUCCAGAGAUUUCUCUAGCUGAUUAUUGGAAGUGUCCCCAGUGUAGCGAAAUGAAUCCUCCACUUCCACGACAUUGCCACAGAUGCUGGGCCCUUCGUGAGGACUGGCUUCCAGAAGAAAAGAGUGAUAAAUUGGAAAAGAGUGAUAAAUUGGAAAAGAGUGAUAAAUUGGAAAAGAGCACAUUAGAAAGUUCCAUCCCUCUAGAGUCUGAAGAAGGUUUUGAUGUUCCUGACUGCAAGAAGGGGAAAACGAGUGAUGAUAAAGAACCAGCUGUGGAGGAGAAUGAGGAUAAAGGAGUACAAAUUUCUGAAUCGCAGGAAAGUGAAGAUUUUUCCCAGCCAUCAACAUCAAGCAGCAUGUUUUUUAGCAGUCAGGAAGACUAUAAGGAACCUGAGAAGAGAGAAAUGCAAGACAAAGAGGAAAGCAUGGAAUCCAGUCUGCCAGUUACCAGCAUAGAACCCUGUGUCAUUUGUCAGAGCAGGCCUAAAAAUGGCUGCAUAGUACAUGGCAAAACGGGACAUCUCAUGUCAUGUUUUACAUGUGCAAGAAAGCUUAAGAAGAGGAACAAACCCUGCCCAGUGUGCAGACAGCCCAUACAAAUGAUUGUACUAACUUAUUUUAGUUAGAUGGAUGUUGACUGGAAAGCAGCAAAAGGAACUUCAUAAACUGGUUAAGAGAGUAAGAAACUAUUUUUGUACGCUUAUUGGAAAAUGAGUAUUUUGGAACUCUUCAUGUAUGGUGUGAAAAGUAACUGCUGGUAUAAAUGCACAGGAGUUCAUAAAAGGUUGACCCAAUUUCAUAAGUCAAUUUGAAGAUUUUCAAUCCCUCCUGACAGAAAGAAUUAAUUCCUGUAAACUACCUGCCACUCUGGGUGCUUUAUGUUCUAUACAAGUUAGUGUCAUUUGUUUUAUUGGUGAAAUACACACAUUAAAACCCAAAUUCAAGGAUUACAAGAGGAGAGACAUGCUGAUGAGUUUGUUCAUGUGAGUUCCUCCUCUUAAGAAGAUUCAAGAUUCUACAGAUUCCAGUAUCUUGUUGCCUGGUGAUGAUACCAGGCUCAAUCAGAACCCUCUCAAUGAGUUAAUAAAAUAAAGAAGAGUCUUGUCUCCCUCAUUUCCAAAACUUAAAUUCCUCCAAAUAAUCCAGUUAUGGAGGAGAUCUUACCAGGAAGUGGGGGAAGAUGCAAUAACAAUUUUUAGGUUUUGAAAAUAGAAAAGCAUAUUGUGUGUCUUACUGUCAUAGUGUGUUUUGUAAACUUCAGGGCUGUGUUUGUCUGUAGAAGUCACUGAUCUGAGUUCAGUCUUAGUUAUCUCUUAAGUGUCCUGGCAAAUUGGCUUUUACUAUACUGUCUGUCAUUUUAGCAGCAUGAGAAUCCACUUGAACAGAAGAGAUAAAUGAAGGAGAUGCUAUGUAAUGUCACUGCAAGCAACAUUAGGGCAGUCUUAUUUUUUUCCUGCACUUGGUUUUGACUUGUGCAGACUUUUUUUUACUUUGUGUGCAGCUGGAUUACUAUAUUCUCUUGACUAAAAAUGGGAAAAAGAAUCCACCUCCACCUCCAGAAAUCAAAUAAGCAGUGUAGUUCUAGUUCACACAGACAGUUUUUACACUCCGUAGUCUGUCAAAUUUAGGCUAUUUUUCCCAGUAUCACAAGAAUUCUGCAGAUCUGUUGCAAGGUGUAAGGCCAGCUCUAAAGUGGUUUCAUUGGGUCUUACUGCUUUUAGCUCGUCUCCUCACUGUACUGUGUCAAAAACUGUGUGAAACAAAUCAGUUUUUUUAUCAAAGUCCACUGACUCGGUCCCAUGGUGAGUUCAGAGGAGGUACCAUGAGUGUGUUUUUGUAAGCUUAGGUAUCUUCAGAAUAGAGUUAAAUAACUCACCUGAGUGGCUUUUCAGAUAGAGAGUUCCUGUACCAGUGAGUUAUAUUUAUUGCUUUGGAAAACUAGAUUACAAGAUGAACUCUGUUUUUAUCACCUUAAUUUUACAGGUAGUUGCUGAUCUUCUGCCCAAUAGAGAAAUGGCAGAUAAGUAGCCAGGGGAGUGCCAAGAAUGGUGAUGUAGCCUAAAUGCAGGAACUGUGCUGUGCUGCCAUCCUGCAGGCCAAGGUUAAACCACUUCUUAACACCACCAGUACAGAAGGAUGGCUGUAUGCUAGCACAGGCUUUUACUGCUAUAAUUGCCUUCAUGUUGGAGCUGAAAUACUCUGGUAUCAACUGUCUGUAAACCGGGGAUGCAGAUGCCUGGAAGGCAAGGAAGUACCAAGGGAAAGGAUGUAAAGCUGCACAGGAGAGACUUGGGAAACCCUUGGUUGUGUCUUCCCUGCACAGAAGUACCUUCUUGGGUAAAGAUUGAGGUACCAGGAUCAGUCAUGUUUUGUUUGUACAUUUGAGCUAAUUUUUGAAAAAUACUACAGAAAGAUACCAGUACUUCUGAAGUCUUACCAUAAUUAGUUUUAACUAAGGAAAGUGUAAAACCCAGCUCUACAUGUUUAUUCAAAUUCUUGAAAAUAUCUUGCCUCUUGCAAUUAGCAACAGCAGGUAGCUGGAUGUUCUUGAAGUUCCUUGGCCAGCAGAAUCCUUCCAUGGGUUUCGUGGGAUUUUAUAAUCCUUCAUCUUGAGAUGGAGAACUCCUUUGGGCAGAUAUUUAAAAUGUUUAAGUAGGGAUGCUUCCAAUUCAUCCUGCUUCCUAUUUAUUUUUCUUAAUUUUGAUUUGAUAAAUGCAGCGAAGGCUCUUCCAUUGCACGUGCAAGUCAGAACCAAACAGUGAUUGUGUUGUAGUCUGGAAUGUGCAGCUGAUAGGAUUGUGGAGCUGUCUGUUCAGGAGGGGCAUUUGAUAGCAUGGGUGCUGCUUAAAAAGCUUUGUCCAUUACAUCAUCUCCCAUGUCUCCAGGCUUCUCUGCAGUCACUGUGAGGGGCUGUGCAGCUGCAGUGGUGAGGGAGCAGUUUUUCUUAGAGUUCUUGCUGGAACAAAUUGUGCCAUCCCAGUAGUGGCAUUCUCAUAAGUGAUCUCAGUAUUUAGAAAAAAAACAACUUUGCUCUCUCUGAAAGGCAGGUAUGGUCAGAGCAAUGAUCCUUGCUGCUCUCAAUUGCUCAGCUUUGGGAUUUUUUUUCAAAGCCUGUUUCAUCUCUCUAAUGUUUUCUGCUUUGGCAAAAGAGAACCCAAGACCAUACAGUAUAAUUAAUUUUCCCUUCUGUGACCUAAAAUUGUCCUUCCCUGCUAGCAUGUGGUGAAACAGCCCUGGAAAUACCCUCCCCUCCAUACAGUGCUGAGGAAAUGGGUAAUUAGGAUUUCUGAAUCUAUGGCCCUACUGAAUCAGAGCGAAUCUUUGUUUUGAAUUAUAUUUAUUUGGCUUAAUGUUGUUCUUAAUAACUUCUAGUACAACUUUAGGGUUUGGAGUGUUUGGGUUGUGUUUUGUUUGUUGGGGGGUUUUUUUGUUGUUUUUUUUUUUAACCCAAAGCAUGCCUUACAGAUAAGGGAGUGAUGUGUAUCAGUGUCUGUCCCAGUUCCUGUAGGAGAUGCUGUUGGGCAAAGUGCAUGCCUGGGGUUGGGGGGUGUAUGUGAUGCUGUGACCCCAGCACUGCAUCCCUGGUCCUAGGCCAGGGUGGGUCUUCACUCCAAAAGGCUGAAAUCUUUGGCUCUGCCUCCACGUGUUGCCCUGACCCAGGCUGGGUAUGGAUGCGGUCAGUGGUGACUGGGCUGGUGUUCAUCAGCUUCUUUGUUCUGGGCUGGAAAUGUGAUUCUGGCCUUGGAUAAAGGCACAAAAGUCAGCAAGGUUUUGUUACAGAAGCUGACAAUUGGUUUUGCUUGGGGAGGUCUCUAAGGUGUCCUUAUUUAAUAUCGUACACAUUUUAAUUUAUUGCAGUUUGUAAAUAUCUGCUUACAGUUAAGUGUUUUGAGGUUUAAUUUAUUGAAUUAGUCUGUUGGUACGUGUGUAGAUAGAUAAAUACACAUACUUAGUGAAUCACAGUCAUGAUAAUACUGAAGAAACUGUAGCAUUAGAAUACAAACAUUCAGGUUAUUUUCAGGUUAAGAGGGGUUUAGGAAGAAUUGUGGCUCUGUCUUCAUUUUUCCUUCCCCUAAAAUAAUUUCUGCAUUGAACCUGAACAACAUUGGUUAACAGAGUGGAAACAAUUUGAUGGCAUUUGUUUUCCUUUGGAAUACUUUUGGGUCUCUGAAGAGCCAAGAACUUGACUGCUUUGCUGUGCUGGCAGCAGCAGAGGGGAUGGCCUGGGAGGUGUGGUGAGAGGUGUUGAGGUUGGUUUGCAAGGGCUGGGACUUGGUUUUUUACCUUAGAACAGGGGACCAAGACAGCUGAAGGGAGGCGUGGCCAGAUGGUGACAGAAUGUGACAGUACAGAAUGUUCAGUACUUGUCUUGGUCUGUUCCUUCAUGCACUUCAGGUAGACCAUAGUUAUAUACAAGUGCUAUAAGAACUUGCAUUUAUUUUUACAGUAAACUCACUUUUUAAUUAAUUAUGACUUCUUUCACUGUAGCUGUUGAUUAGUAUUGAAAUUCAACUCUUGAACCAGGGAGGGGAAGUGCUAAGUGAAGGAUGCGAGGAAGCUGGCAAAAUUUGCUUAAUUCCAGUGCCUGAAAUCUCUCAAAAAGACUGGAAGGGCUGAAGAUAUUUUAAAACUUUUUAGUACUUUAACCCUGCAUCUUCACUUACAAUUUACUAGUUAUGAAGUCUGCUGCUUUUGUCCUUUAAAAAACUUGCACAGAUGAAACAGCAGUAGCUGGAUUGCUGAUUAUAUUGGAGAUUGCCCAUGCAAAGAUUGUUUUUUUUGUUGAGCCAGCACCCUUUGAAUAUUGAUUUAGUUGUACUAGAGAUCACACAGGGAGAAAGGGUGGAGUAAAAAUGCUUAAAAAUUGAUUUAUGUAAAGAAAAAAACCACCAUUUUUCCUACCUGUGGUGCAGUUUUAUCAUUGAAUUUAGUUUGUUGUAAAUUUGUUUGACUCUCACCAUCUCUGAAGUGUCUGUGUGGGUAUGAAGUCACAGGCAAGACUUGGGGCAAAUUUUUCUCCUUAAAAGACUUGUGUGAGGGAAAAACAAUUCCUCAUUCUUACAGAGAGCAUCAUCAAGAAUAGUCGUGUCAAAUAAUUGUGUUCUAUGAAAGAGUGUUUAGUAAAUUUAUUAGAAGCAUAAUGAAACUGAAUAAGCUGAAAUGGAUAAAUAAGAUUAAUAUAGGGGUGAAGAACUUCUUCCCCAUCUUACUAUAAGCUGCUGUUGUGUUGGGAGGGCAUAACUUUGAAAGUAAGUGUUUAUAAUGCUAAAGCAACUUAAUUUGGGUGUUAACUUGCAAAAUGUAGCCAGGGGUGUGUGAGCAGUUAAACCAGGAGGAUGGCACCUUGUGUUUGGCAUCACGGGGCCCAAGGUGGGACAUGUGCUGCUGUGGUGCUUCCCUGCAGCAAAGGAAAGGGCGCUGGACACCUGCACCUCCUGAGCUGUGCUGGCCAGCAGGGUGCCAGCAGGGGGGUGCAGACUGUGGGUGGCUGUGGGGUGGCCCACGAACUCCAUAAAGUGCGUGGUGCAGCGUGGUUAUGCUGGUACUGCACCCACUGCUCUGCAUCCACCUCCUCUGGGCCAGUGCAUCCCCUCCCUGCCUGCCCUGCUGCCCCAGCUGAGCCAUACCCGGGCAGGCCCUGAGCCUCAGUGACUUUGUCAUUUAAAGGUUGCAAAAGCAACGUAGAGCAAAGCAAAAAAAAAAACCAAAACAUCAUAAGAUAUCUGAACGAUGGAUUGCACUUACUGAACAUGAAAAUUAUUUUUAUUUAGCACUGAUGCACUCAAAGCUUCAAAUGAAUUCUUCUCUGUAGUGUGUGUGUGCACGUGUAUUCUACAUGUAGAAUUUGUUGGUGAUAGUUAAAAAGGUGGUGUCUCCCCUUUCGAGUAGGUGGUGCUUUAACUUAACAGCCUGACUUUUAAAGAACAGUUCAUGUUUUCGAGCUCAGUUAAUGGCCUGCAAACAUGACAGGGACAUAAUACCUGAAAUACCAAAUAGCUUUUCCAAAAGCAGAGUCUUUGCUUUUGACUACACGCAGCUGGAAUGGCUAUAAAACAGACUGGCUUAGAGUGAAUUUAACUAUGCAAUUGUGCAACUGCUCCUAGAUGCACACGCUUUCAAGAGCUUGUCAUGGUGUGUACAUUAUAGAUACCCAAUAAACAUACAGUCAGUAACCAUAAAACUAUGAAUAUCCACUCAAAUCGCACAGAGUAGAGAUCCAUUUAUGACAAGAAUUUUCAUGUGUAUGGUGUUUGUCUUUUGGUUUUCAUUUCUUUUCUGAGGAAACCAGAUCAUAUGGUCCAUUUAAAAGCUUUAAAUAAAGAUCUGUUUAUAUAUA